CCUGGCAACCUUGGAACUCCUCUUGCGUCUUUAUUCCCAGGACCGAGCACUUUCUUGCCCGCCUCGACUCCAAUCUCAAAAGCCUGGCCCGUCCGCAUCUCGACCGAGACCCGAUCACUUCCACAACCCCCGCUCCAUACCGACCAGCCUGCCAAUUCGGAUCCGAGUAACUCAGCCCCCACCAACCUUCGCAGCCAUGGACCGCGACGCCAUCAUCGCAGCUUCAAAGAAGCACGACAUCGUCCCUGGGAAGCCGUACAAAUAUGGCACCGCCGGCUUUCGCAUGAACGCAGACCUCCUCGAGGGCGUCACCUUCCGUGUCGGCCUCUUGUCCGCCCUCCGCAGCCGCAAGCUCGGUGGCCAGACCAUUGGUGUCAUGGUCACCGCCAGCCACAAUCCGGCUGUCGACAACGGCGUCAAGAUUGUCGACCCUCUGGGAGACAUGCUUGAGCAAGAGUGGGAAGUUCACGCCACAACCCUGGUCAACGCCUCCAGCCACGAAAACCUUGCCGAUACCUUCUUCAAGCUCGCCGAGACCCUCAAGAUCGACCUCAAGUCCUCCGGCAAGGUGAUUGCUGGUCGCGACACUCGUCCCUCAGGCAUCACCCUCGUCACCGCUCUCGCUGAUGCAUUGGCCGCCACCAACACCGCCUUUGUCGACUUCAAGAUCCUCACGACACCUCAGCUGCACUACCUGACACGCUGCAUCAACACCGAGGGCACUCCCUCGUCGUAUGGUGAGGUCAGCGAGGUUGGCUAUUACAACAAGAUCACAGAGGCCUUCCACAGAGCACUCAAGGGUCGUAAGGUGACCGGUGCCCUCAAUGUGGACUGUGCCAACGGUGUGGGCGGGCCCAAGCUCAGCGAGCUGCUCAAGCACCUUGACUCGACCAAGACUGGCCUUGAGGUCAAGGUCAACAAUGACGAUGUGCUUAGGCCUGAGGUGCUCAACCUGGAUUGCGGUGCCGACUUUGUCAAGACAAGGCAGCGGGCACCACCCAACCCCAAGCCGGCCCCUGGCGAUCGGUGGUGCUCCCUUGAUGGUGAUGCGGAUCGUCUCAUCUACUACUGGGUCGAUCCUGACUCUGGCUUCUUCAUGUUCGACGGCGACCGUAUUGCUACGUUGGCUGCCUCGUUCAUCGGCGACCUGUUCAGAGCUGCUGGCCUCGAUGAGCAGCUGCGCAUUGGUGUCGUGCAGACGGCAUACGCCAACGGCUCCAGCACAAAGUACAUUGAGCAGCACCUCCAGCUGCCCGUCGUGUGCACCCCGACGGGAGUCAAGCAUUUGCACCAUGCUGCUUGCGCGUUUGACAUUGGCGUGUACUUCGAGGCUAACGGACACGGCACUGUGCUGUUCUCGUCCAAUGCUAUGCAGACAUUCAAGGCCAAGCAGCCCCAGUCCCCGGCACAGAAGGAUGCACUUGACACUCUCAGCGCCCUCGGUGAUCUCAUCAACCAGACUGUUGGCGAUGCCAUUUCCGACAUGCUCAUGGUUGAGGUCAUUCUGGCUCACAAGGGCUGGUCUCUGAGAGACUGGGCCAUGACCUACCAGGAUCUUCCCAACCGCCUCGUCCGCGUCGAAGUUGGUGACAAGGACUUGUUUGAGACCACUGACGCUGAGCGCAAGCUGAGCAAGCCCGUUGGCUGCCAGGACGAGAUUGAUCAGGUUGUCAAGAAGUACACGAAUGCACGAUCAUUUGCUCGUGCCUCGGGCACCGAGAACGCUUGCCGCGUUUACGCCGAGGCCGCCACGAGGUCUGAAGCCGAUGAGCUUGCGAACAAGGUCUCGCACAUCGUGAAGAAGUAUGGUGCUUGAUGGGACAAUCCCCUGCAUGCAGAGGCUGUGGAGAAUAUUUCAGUCACCAAAAUACCCCAUUAUUAUAUACCAAAAAGAUGCACGUUUAGACGGGAGGAUGAAACAGGACAAAAACGGCGCGGCUGAAGUAUAGAAUGUCUUGACCAGGCAGAACUUAACGAGAUAAUGACAUGAAUGAAAAACCUGCGGUGCG